AGCAUGUCAGAAGAAUAAGCAUAGUAAUUUGGAUGUUCUAUUUUUAUUUCUAGAAACCAGCAAAUAUCCUAGUAAUGGGAGAAGGUCCUGAGAGGGGGAGAGUCAAAAUAGCUGACAUGGGUUUUGCCAGAUUAUUCAAUUCUCCUCUAAAGCCACUAGCAGAUUUGGAUCCAGUAGUUGUGACAUUUUGGUAUCGGGCUCCAGAACUUUUGCUUGGUGCAAGGCAUUAUACAAAGGCCAUUGAUAUAUGGGCAAUAGGUUGCAUAUUUGCUGAAUUGUUGACUUCAGAACCUAUUUUUCACUGUCGUCAGGAAGAUAUAAAAACAAGCAAUCCCUUUCAUCAUGAUCAACUAGAUCGGAUAUUUAGCGUCAUGGGGUUUCCUGCAGAUAAAGACUGGGAAGAUAUUAGAAAGAUGCCAGAAUACCCAACACUUCAAAAAGACUUUAGAAGAACAACGUACGCCAACAGUAGCCUCAUAAAGUACAUGGAGAAACACAAGGUCAAGCCUGACAGCAAAGUGUUCCUCUUGCUUCAGAAACUCCUCACUAUGGAUCCAACCAAGAGAAUUACCUCGGAGCAGGCCCUGCAGGAUCCCUAUUUUCAGGAGGACCCUUUGCCAACAUUAGAUGUGUUUGCUGGCUGCCAGAUUCCAUAUCCCAAACGAGAAUUCCUUAAUGAAGAUGAACCUGAAGAAAAAGGUGAAAAGAAUCAGCAACAGCAGCAGAAUCAACAUCAGCAGCCCACAGCCCCUCCACAGCAGGCAGCAGCCCCUCCACAGGCACCCCCGCCACAGCAGAACAGCACCCAGACCAAUGGGACUACAGGAGGGACUGGGGUUGGGGGCACUGGAGCAGGGCUGCAGCACAGCCAGGACUCCGGCCUGAAUCAGGUGCCUCCAAACAAGAAGCCACGGCUAGGGCCUUCAGGUGCAAACUCAGGUGGGCCUGUUAUGCCGUCAGAUUAUCAGCACUCCAGUUCUCGCCUGAAUUACCAAAGCAGUGUUCAGGGAUCCUCUCAGUCCCAGGGCACACUAGGCUACUCCUCCUCGUCUCAGCAAAGCGCGCAGUACCACCCAUCUCACCAGGCCCACCGGUACUGACCAGCCACCCCCUACUUGGCCCAGGCCAGCCCCCAGCACAGACUCCAGCAAUAUGAUGUCUGCAUUGAAAAGAACCAAAAGAUGCAAACUGUGAUGCCAUUUAAGACUCAUACACUUGGGAAGAAAACCUUAUCGAUGAGCAUUUUGCAGGACUGAUAUCUCUUCUUUAUUGACUUAAAGAAGAUUCUUUUGAAGUUUCCCCAACACCCCUUUCCUGCAUGUGUUCCAUUGUGACUUCUUGAUAAAGCAUCUGAUCUAAUCCCAGCACUUCUGUAACCCUUCAGCAUUUUUUGAAGGAUUUCCUGGUGCACCUUUCUCAUGCUGUAGCAAUCACUAUGAUUUAUCUUUUCAAAGCUCUUGUAAUAGGAUUUUAAUGUUUUAGAAACAGGAUUCAGUGGUGUAUAGUUUUAUACUUCAUGAACUGAUUUAGCAACACAGAUGAAAAUGCGCCUUUUAAAGCACUACGUCGUUUUCACAAACUGUAACUGUUUUGCUCAUGGAAGUCUUAAACAGAAACUGUUACUCUCCCAAAGUACUUUACUAUUAUGUUUUUUAUUUAUCUAGUUUCAGGGAAUGUAAGUGGUGGGACAGAGGGAUUCUACAACCAAAAACAGCUGAGAUCUUUGCAGUUACUAUGCUUUAUGCUAUUGAAGAAUUGAACUAUGUGGUAAAUUUUUAUAUAAUCAUUCAUAUGGAACUUAGUUCCCAUCUUAUUCUGAAUAGUAUUCAGUAAUUAAGAAUUAUAAUUUUAACCUUCAUUAGCUAAGUCUACCUUAAAAAGGGUUUCAAGAGCUUUGAUGGAAUAUAGUCCUCUGGUGACCCACACCAGGAUGCUGAAGAGAAUAUUAACUGCACUAGGAUUUCUUGAAGGAGUAAUGUUGAUCAAAGGAUGUGUUACUUCCCUUUGAAGGAAAAGCUUUUAGUGUGUAUUGUACAUAAAGUUGGCUUCUCUAAAGAACUGUUGGUUUCUUCACAUCUAGGUCUGCGUGAGUAACUUUCUUACAUAAUCAGGGGUACUUAAAUAGAAGCCUGCAAAUUAAUCUGCUUUUAAAAUGAGGAGCAGUAUCCUCCAUUUGUAUUUGCAUUAGAUAUAGAAUGACUAUUUUUAAAGCAUGUUAAAAAUUUAGGUUUUAUUCAUGUUUAAAGUAUGUAUUAUGUAUGCAUAAUUUUGCUGUUGUUACAGAAACUUAAUUCUAUCAAGAAUUUUCAUUGCACUGAAUGCUUUCUUUUGCCCCUAGGAGAAAACUUCAUUAUUGUGCCUAACAACUCUGAGCAGAUAGUGUAAGACUAUACUAGAUAAAGUGAACAUUUGCAUUUCCAUUAUCUAUGAAUUAGAGGCUGAGUUCUUUCUUAGCCACUUUAAGGAGACUCUCACUCCCCAAAUCAAAAGGAAAUGUAAAGACUUAAGAGAUCACAUUGUAAGGGGCAAGAAAUCUGUGUUCUUCCGAAUGCUACUAGCAGCACCAGCCUUGUUUUAAAAAAUUUUCUUGAGCUAGAAGAAAUACCUGAUUGUCGUAUAUGCAAAUUAUAUGCAUUUUUAAAAACUAUUCUGUGUGAACUUACCUACCUGGUUAUGAUACUCUGGGUCCAUACACAAGUAAAAUAAAAUUUUAGACAGAAGCCAGUAUACAUUUUGCACUAUUGAUGUGAUAACUGUAGCCAGCCAGGACCUUACUGAUCUCAGCAUAAUAAUGUUUAUUAGUAAUAACAAUGACUGUAUAGUGACUCUCAUCAAGACUAAAGAUGAAACAGUUGACAUGCUCCAUUGGAAGGAAUUUUUGAUCAUUUUCAUGCUAUUUUACCCCUUCCAUUUUUAAAAUAAGAAAUUUAUAGUCCUCUGCAUUGUGCAGCUACCUAUAUAAGGUUCUAUCCUGUGCCCUAAAGCCUCACUGUCCAGAGCUAUUGGUCAGCAGAUGUUCACCACACCCUCCCCAUAUGCCCAGAGCUCUGCCGAGUUGAAAACAAAAAGGGCAAGACAUACUUCCUGUCCUUUGGAGCUUUGUGGUCGAUUUGGUGAGAGUGAGCUGUCCUGGGAUGUCUAAUGCCAUGUGAUUGACUUGUAAGUGAAACAGUCUUAUAAUAUGAAGGUCCUUUUGUUUACUGCUAAAACGCACUUGGAUAGUUAUUUCAAAUUCUGUUCUUCAGUAAACAGUGUUAUGGGAGGGCUUCUUUGUCUGUCCACCUUAAAGAAAGCCAGUGAUUAAAUAUCACAAAAGUCAUCCAUGUAUAUUUGAAAUGUUCACAGCAGCCUUUCAACAGUAAUGGGGUGGCCCUUGUAGGCAGAACAUACUCUACUAAGUGGUUGUAGGAAAUUACAGUGAAAUUAUAAACUCUGUUCCUGCCUUCGAGGGGUGAUUUUAAAGAAGACAAACCCAAAUAUGUACAUAAACCAAAAUACCAUGCCCUUUGAUAUCUUCUUAUAAGCAACUUUUGUAUACCGUUCUUAGGAUGUGUGCUUACUUCACCAGACUGUCCUGCUUUCCUUGUACAUAAUGAAUUUUACUGGCAGAACUUACAUACAAACUGUAAGGUUAUUUUGUCAGUUGCUUCCAAUACACAGUGUUCUGCAGGACAUACCCAGAAAUCCCCAUUACACACAUGACUGGGUUUCUUUUCACUGCCCUGGUACUGGCCCUUUUCUCUUUUCUUGGCUCAGGGUUGGUGAUGCCCACUGAUGCCCAUUACACUUUGAGAUAAUUUUGGUUUGUAAUUUCUUUUCUCAAUAAAGGAAAACAAAGCCUCAAAUACACCUAAGGGCCCUAAAACUGUGGGACCCCUAAGGAGACUUGUGAAGCUUUUUGAGGGUAAAAUUUAUCUUUGUGGUCCCUAAAUGACCACAUUUCUCUUUAAAGUUUUAUUAGAUAAUGUUAUGUCCCCCAAGGAUGCAAGAGAGACAUCCCUCAGCCCAUGGGAACACCCAAACCAUGGGAGGUUAUUGAAAGGAAAGAAUGAAAGUGAAGGUUUUCUGCCCUCCAUAUUAUAAACCACUCUCAGAGUUAGCUUUCUGGUGAGGUGUGUGUUUGGGAAAAGGGAUCCAAAAGCUUCAGGACAGAUGAGCUAAAGUAAGGUGGCUUGGCGGCAGGGCUGAUAUUAUGAGGCUGAAACAAUCCUUGUGAUGAAGUAGAUCAUGCAGGGACGUACAAAAACCAAGGACGUGUAUUUUUAUAUCUGUGUGGUUUUGAAACUUUAGUACUUAGAAUUUUGGCCUUCUGCACUACUCUUUUGCUCUUAUGAACAUAAUUUACUCUUAAGAUUGGAAAGGGAUAACAUUUAUUUACAUGCUCACUGCCUCAUUCCUGGUGAAGCAACUGCUAGUUCUCUGUGCCUCUAAAAUGAUGCUGUUUUCUCUGUUAAAGGUAAAAGAAAAGAAAAAAGUAGUUGGAGAAUAAGACUUGAGCUUGAUCUGCUUUUGAGCAAAUUUAUGUAGCAUAAACUAUACAAUAAAGGAGGAAUUCUAUGAAAAUUGCAAGUCCUAAACUCUAUGGUAAUGUCUUCCUAGGGAAUGGAGAAAAGCAGUGAAAUGGCAGUUAGACUAACGGAGGCUUGAAGGAUUCAAAGUACGAGUAAUAUUUUACAUAAAACAGCAGUUAUGUCCCCAUAAUCUUCGAGAAUAGUCACAAAUAUCAUAAUCUUCAUUGUUUUAGGAUUUUUAAGAAAUGUGUUGUACCUAAGGCCAUACUUACUCUUCUAUGCUAUCACUGUAAAGGAGUGAUAUGUAUGUAUUAUAUGGGGGAAAGAAUCCUUAAUGCACUGUUAUCUCCUAAAUAUUUAGUAAAUUAAUACUAUUUAAUUUUUUUAAAGAUUUGUCUGUGUAGACACUAAAAGUAUUACACAAAAUCUGGACUGAAGAUGUCCUUUUUAACAACAAUUUAAAGUACUUUUUAUAUAUGUUAUGUAGUAUACCCUUUCUAAACUGCCUAGUUUGUAUUUCCUAUAAUUCCUAUUUGUGAAGUGUACCUGUUCUCUUUAUUCAGUCAUUUUCUGCACGCAUCCCUCUUUAUAAGAUUAUAGAGAUGACUGUAGCUUUCCAUGCUCUGCUGCAAGGUGUGUGCUCAGAGCCAGCUGCUCCCCAGCAAGGCCCACUCCAUGGGGUGCAGGAUGAGCUGCAGCUUGGGAGCUGAGUGUUUCCCACUUUUGAGUUGUUCUGACGUCCUUCUUGAAAUGACUGUUAAAACUAAAAUAAAUUACAUUGCAUUUAUUUUAUAUUCUUGGUUGAAAUAAAAUUUAAUUGACUUUG